AUGGACGACAGCCAGAGCUCUGACAGCGAGGCCACGACGCGCACGCUGCUGAGGCAGGUGCUGGACUCGGCGGUCCCGCUCACCCCGCUGCGGCCUCGGAGCGCCCGGGCUGGGUCCUCACGGAUUGCCCAGAAAACUCUGCUUGAAACGCCUUCCUCCAGGAGUCAGAGGAGCCAAACAAGAGCAGCUGCCAGGCGACAUUCACAUGGAGCCAGGGCUAUUGACAAACAAUCCCAUGUCCAAGCCAGUGGGAACCUGGAGGAUCAGACCCCUAGGACGCUGCUGAGGAACAUUCUCCUGACUGCCCCAGAGUCUUCCAUCGUGAUGCCAGAGUCUGUGGUGACACCAGCGCCGGCACCGAGCCCACAGACGUUCCAGCCCUCCACAUGGGAGAGCAGUUGGGGCAGCCUAGAGCUGCAACUUCCUGAGAUUGAGCCCCACACAACCUUGGCUUCUGGGCUGCUGGCCCCUGUCCGGAAGAAGCAGAGGGUGAGACUGUCAGUGUUUCAGCAGGAUGUGGACCACGGGCUGCCUCUCUCCCAAGAGUCACCUGGGAAUGAUGAUGCCACUCCUCUCACUUCCAGCACCUUCAACCUGACCUUCACUGUGCCUGUCCAGUCCCAGUCUGUGCAGAGGCCAGGUCUGGCCCGUAGGCCUCUUACCCGCCGACCUGUAGACGUAGGUGCCUUCCUGCAGGAUCUGCAGGAUUCUUCCACAGCCUUGCUUUCUCCAGAUGUUACAUUGGAGGAUACCCAGCCCUUCUCCCCACCCUUGCUUGCCCAUUCCUCUCUUAUGCGCCACUCCUUGCCUGGUCAUCUUCACACUGGAGCUGAAAAGGUUGAGAGGAUUGUCAGUCCUCUCUUCUCUCUCCUUCAUUCAGGUCCUUAUAAACCAGCCCAGCUUCUGGCAGCAAGGGCAGACGUGAACACCAUUUCUGUGGGCUCCCCACACACUAGCACUGGUAUCUCUGGAAAAGACAGAGUAGAGCCCAUAGGGGAUGAUGGAGCUGAGCAUUCAGAGGAAAGGAGAGGAGAAGAAGAAGGUGUUGGUGUGAGGGAGGGGGGGGAGCCUGUAGGGGAUGGAGCUGAGCAUUCAGAAGAAAGGCGGGAAGACGAACUUGUAGAUGUGAGUGAAGUGCAGCCUGUAGGGGAUGGAGAUGAGGCAGGUGUGAGUAUGAGUGAGCAGGAAAGGACGGGAGAAGAAGAAGAUGUGCGUGCGAGUGUACGUGAAGUGGACGAGGCAAGAAGCGCCCGGAAGCCCACUGCGACACAGGGAGAGCCGACAGAAGCAAUUGGAUCCUUUCGGGCUCUUGAGGGUGAGAAGCCGGAAGGAGCUUCAGGGAACACGGAUGCCCGCAGAACAGCAAGCCCACAGUUGGCCUCCACUGCCUCUACAUCUCUUCAGGCCAAGCGACAUCACCAGUUUCUGGAGCCAACCUCACCACCCCAUGCCGCACAGCCCCGAACUGCUGGCCCCAGGCCCCGUCAAGAUCCCUACAAGGCUGGAGUGAGCCACUAUGCUAAACUCUUUACCUUCUAUGCUAAAAUGCCCAUGGAGAAGAGGGCCCUUGAGAUGGUGGAAAAGUGCCUAGACAGGUAUUUCCAGCAUCUUUGCAGUGACUUGGAGGUGUAUGCUGCUCAUGCGGGCCGGAAGACUGUGAAGCCAGAAGACCUGGAGCUGCUAAUGCGGAGGCAGGGCCUGAUCACUGAUCAAGUCUCGCUGCACGUGCUGGUGGAGCGGUACCUGCCCCUGGAGUACAGGCAGCUGCUCAUCCCGUGUGCGUUCAGUGGCAACUCGGUGUUCCCCACUCAGUAG